UUAAAAGCCAUGAAACAGACUCUGUUCGACCUGAUGAGGAUGAGCAGGAUUUGCCGGAUGGUGCUUGCCACUUGUUUGGGAUCUUUUAUUCUGGUCAUCUUUUAUUUCCAAAGUAUGUUCCAGCCAGUAAUGAGACGGAACUCAUUCGCGGCAGAGGGCUGCUGUAGGAAAGGCGCGAGAAAUGCACUGCAGGAACUUUACAACCCCACACAGGUGGAGUUCUCAAGAGCAGCGCUUCUUCACCAGGCUCGGCGAGACCAGGUGUCCCAGACGUGCCACGCCCACAGUGCAUUGAGCCGUAAGCGGAGGGUGCUCACUCCUGCUGACUUAAAACACCUGGUGGUGGACGAGGAGCAUGAACUGAUCUACUGCUAUGUGCCAAAGGUCGCUUGCACCAACUGGAAGCGGGUAAUGAUGGUACUGAGUGGACGGGGCAAGUACACUGACCCUAUGGAGAUCCCACCUAACGAGGCGCACGUGCCAUCCAACCUCAAAACACUUAACCAGUACAGCAUAGCUGACAUCAACCACCGCCUGAAGAACUACCUUAAGUUCCUGUUUGUACGGGAGCCCUUCGAGCGUCUGGUGUCAGCAUACCGGAACAAGUUCACACUUCGCUAUAACACAUCCUUUCACAAGCGCUACGGCACGCGCAUCGUGCGCCGAUACCGCAAGAAUGCCACAGCAGAGGCACUGCAAAACGGCGCAGAUGUAAAGUUCACCGAGUUUGCGGAGUACCUCGUAGACCCGGCCACGCAGCGCGAGGCUCCGCUCAACGAGCACUGGCAGACGGUGUACGCGCUCUGCCAUCCGUGUCACAUUCAUUACGACAUGGUGGGCAAGUAUGAGACGCUGGACGAGGACGCUGACUACGUGCUGAAGCUGGCCGGAGUGGCAGACUCGCUUCAUUUUCCUUCCUACGCCAAGUCCACGCGCACCACCGAUCAGAUGGCGGCCAUGUUCUUCCAUAAUAUCAGCACCCAACAACAGAGCCAGCUCUAUCAACUCUACAAGAUGGACUUUCUCAUGUUUAAUUACUCUACCCCGAGUUACCUGAAAGAGCAGUAAGAGAUACUGGUGCAGAAUGCAUGGUUAAAUGCAUCCCUGCACAGGCAUUCUUGGAGAUGUGAUUAUUUAAACCAGAUAAAGAUGACCGCGGUAGGAAUAUGGGAGGACAGAUGGUCGAUGAGGUACUUAAAUGACUAUUGCCUGUGGAUGCAAUGGGCAGAGCAUAACUUACAUUUUAAAUUUUUAUCAAAGUCCAUUGAGUGACAGACAAAUCUGCUGUAUUGCGAUUUGCUCAACACCUUACACUUUAACAGUGAUAUGAUUGAGAGGACUGUACUGUAUUAGCAAAUGAUGUUUGGUGGGUCCAGUAUUCAGGUACAUCUGAAAUGUCUGUGUUAAUACAUUUGCUAAUCAGAUUGUAAAAUAAUGUUUAUGUUCC